AUGGAAGUAGUGGCUGUUACGGGAGCAAGCGGACUGGUCGGUCGCUUCGUCGUUGAUCGUCUUCUGAAGUGUGGACGAUACAAGGAGAUCCGCCUAAUCGAUCGUAAGCCGUCAGCGCACGCGGACGACGUGAGGGUACGACCGUUCGUGUUGGACCUUGUAGAUGAAGGAGCGCUGGAACGGGCGCUAAACGGCUGUAAUUCCGUCGUCCAUUGUGCGCAUGCCGCGUUGCCUUGGAAGUACGUCGACCGGAAGACCAGCGACGAUAUUUGGCGUGACAAUCUUUCCGCUACUGAAGCAUUAGCGGAUACGAUGCUAAGGCUUGGCGUGAAGCAUCUAGUACAUGUUGGAGACGCUUACUCGGCUUUACCGAUUGAGGACAACUAUGGGCUCGGAGAAUACGUCUUCAAUGAUUAUCCCAGAAAUUACAUCCUUGGCGAGUACGGUGAAUCACGUACAAGAGCUGAAAUGUAUGCGAGGAAUGCUGUUGCUCGAGGCCCUUCGCUUCAAGGAGUGUUUCUUCGUCCCGUUCAUGUACACGCCGAGCAGGGAUCGUCGUCAUGGAUCACGUUAAUGGAAAUGGCUCAAGAAGGGCAUGUGCCUUAUGUGAAAGGCGAUCGUCGAGGGUUACAUCAGUUUAUCUACGCAGGCAAUUUGGCGGCUAUUGUGGAUCGCUGUCUUGUGCUGCUGGCAAAGGAUCCGGAUCGAGUUAGCUCGCAGAUCGUCUACUGUGUAGAUGAAACGAAUGUGAUACCAUUCAGAUAUCGAAGUACGGAAAUUCUGCUCACGAUCAGAAUUCAGGUUCCGAUGAAUGCACUGUCAUUUACGAUGUUCCGCUUUCUUUUCGCUAAAACGAUCGGCUUUUCAAACAGGAAACAACGCCUUUUAAGUGGCGAAAAAACUAUGCUAAAUUUUGAAUCAUGCUUUAAAGUGCUGGCUCAGUAA